AUGCAAUCAUCAAUAGUAAAGAAAAGAAGGGUGGAGAGGAUGGCUAUUCGUUCCAAGAAGAAAAACAAUCAAACAGAAAAUCAGGAUAAAGAAAACGUUCCUCCUAGUUCUGAAGCUAACUCCAUAUCACCAAUGCAACCAAAGAGAGUUUCACCUAAUAGCUUGAGUGAUAUUACAAAUGAAUGUGAAUCUCCAAGGAUAAAACGGAUGUGUGUUAUAAAGGAGACUAAAGAGAAAAGAAAGAAAGGAGAAUCAUCUUCAGCUCCAAGUACUAACUUGGACCAAAAGUUGGACGAGACGACACAGAACGGCAAGGGCAAGGGCAACAGAUUUCCAUGUACUGCAACAAGUAGAAGGAAAACAAACGUGCAUAAGGAACCAUAUAUGCAAGAAUCAAGACAAGAUAAUUACAAAGAAGCUCCAUCUAAAGACCAUGCAUCAUCGUCACGUUCACAUAAUUCACUAUAUAACACUGACGAGUAUGAUGACAAUGGGGAUGCAUCUACAACUGUGAACAUUGUGGAGCUUUAA